UGGUGAGUUUCACAGCGGAAGCGUGUUGAAGAUAGGGAGGAACUGAGAACUGCAAGACAGAGGGAGAACGAACAAAAAUAUUGAAGGGUAGAGGAAAGCUACAAAUGACAGAAUGCAACACAGGAGACUGCAAAGAGAGACAUAGAAAUAGACAGACCCUGUAAGACUGAAAGUAUCCAGGAUCUAUCAUAGAGAGUGACAGAAGAGCAGAAUGAAGAGUCCAUAAAAGGCUCAGACAGAUGUUGAAGGGGAAGUUGAUGGCAGGGUGACGAGAGUAUUUCUGCGCAUUACAAAGCUGUUUUUUUUUUUAAAGAGAGAUGAAGGGUGAGGACGGUGUUUGGAUCUGAGGAAGUUAACUUUUGCUUUAAUGCAGAAGAAAGCGUUCAUGGUUCAGAGAUUGCAGAGAGUGUUUUUUAGGGAUAGUGCACGGUGUGCGGCCACCAGUACUAUAGAAGACUGAGUGCAGUAUAGGGGGACCGCGCCAUACGUGGGCAGACCCAGGGCAAGGCGAUGGAAGGGGGAUUAGUAAAACAGGGCUCUCUGUAUCUUCAACAUCAACAACGCUUUGGAAAGAAGUGGAAGAAGGUAUGGGGAGUUUUGUAUGGAACUACACCCACAGGAUUGGCCCGCUUAGAACUGUACGAGGGUUUUCAGCCCCCCGAGAUUUGCCGCAAACAAGAGUGCUGGAAGUUACUUCAGCUCAGCGAAUGUGUGAGCUUAUCAGAGCGCUCUAAUGAGAGCAGCCCAAAGGACACCCGGGUCUUUAGCAUCGAGACCACCCAGAGGGUAUAUCUUAUUGCCAGUGAGGCCUCCGAACAGCCAAAUUGGGUGAAGGCACUCUGCAGCUUGGCAUUUCCUCAGGAACGACGGAUUCUUGAGAGAUCAGGCAGUCAGCCCUUGCCUUCAGAAGGACUACAGCUGCAGGAAAACUCCCUUUACAGCACAAGCCACGAGGCCACACCAGGUCAGUUUGCAGUGCGGGUGAGACAGACGGAAGCUUCGGUACGGUGUGGUCUGUCCGGUGUGUACACACUUGUAGCAGAAAGCAAAUGCCUGUUGCUGCGAGAUCGUCAGGGGGGCAGUCUGCUUUUCAGCUGGCCUUAUCCAUAUCUAAGAAGAUUUGGGAGAGACAAGACUAUGUUUUCAUUUGAAGCUGGUCGUCGUUGUACUUCAGGAGAGGGAAACUUUGAAUUUGAGACAUCCUUUGGAUGUCAGAUCUUCCAGGCCAUUGAAUGUGCUAUUAAAGCUGGUCACAAUGAGGCCUCCUCACCAACUGGCCAUGAAUACCAUGAGGAUCUGUCCGCUGGGCCAAGGCAACCUGUGCGUUCUGUUUCUUUGACUAUGCCUGCUUCAAUCCAACCCCUGUGUCUUCAGAACAAGGUGACCACUAACCCUACAAUUCCAGAGAGUGAGUACGCUAUUCCUUUUGAUAAAGUGGCUCAAAACCUCUUAGCUACAGGAUUUGGUGGUCUUCUUGGUCCAUCAGCACAGAAGAAGCCGAGAAAGCCUCAGAAGCUUGAGCAUAUCUAUGAUGAUCCAGAAGCCCCUAUUAAUCCAGUGUAUGAUGAGCCAGAGGGCAUUAGAGUGGAUGCCUGGAAAAUUCAAGGUACCGAUCCUCAUGAAAUGGGCUAUGAGUUUCCCUAUUUACCAGGAUGGGAUGAUUAUGCUGUGCCCAGAAGUGGAGGAAAAAUGCAAGGUGGAAGAGGUCAGGACGAUGAAGAUGAGUGGGGAACCCAGGAAAGUGGUGAAAGGGAUUAUGACAACAUUACAUUACGUGGAGUUCUGGACAACUAAAGAGGAAAGACUUUUUUUUCCUGCUACAGAAUGUUCCAGUCUCAUGUAUGGAAUAUCUCAUUAUUGACUGAACAAAGACUGCUGGUCGCUGACUCUGCUAAUAGAACAAUGAUACAAAGGCACUUAAAGUGCAUCUUAACCAAAGAGCACACAUGUAAUAUAUUGUAUUGCACCAGUCCUUAGAUGUAGUUGCUGUAAUAAUUUUCCUUUCCUUUUUUUUUUGUUUAUUUUCAGCUGGUGUUCCUGCCAGUAACACACUUCCUGUCCGAGUGACAACGCUCUCUCACUCUAUUGAAUGUAUGAAGGAACAGCAGAGGACAGAAAUAGCCAGAUUCAGAGAGAGUUACGCCGGCGUAUCAGUAGAUACGCCGUCUUAACUCUGAAUCUGC